AUGACACGAGUUGGUGUGAGCGGCCAACUAGAGGUCAUAGUCGGUUCAUAUGUGUGCGACAUUACGGACAGACAUCUGGUGUACGAGACGGCGGCCAAAGUAAAGCGCGAUGUGUCGGCAAUCGAUAUACUGGUCAACAACGCGGGUGUCGUUAACGACGUUUUAAGUGAACACAUUCAGCCAUUUCUGGAAGUGAAGGCUGUGUUGCCGGAUAUGAUGGCCGCAAACAGCGGUCACUUGGUGUCGAUCGCAUCGGCGGCCAAAACUACUGGCUUGUGUCAGCUCACAGAUUACUGCGCCUCGAAAUUCGCUGCCGUCGGCUUUGAAGAGUCGCUGAGGUAUGAGUUGAUUAACGCUAACAAAUUUGGCGUCAAAUCGACAGUAUUUUUGCCUUAUUUAAUAAACACCGGAAUGUUUGCUGGCUUUAAGUCGCCGAUUCUGCCGGCACUGAAGCCCGACUACGUGGCCGACCUGAUCAUGGCCGGCGUACUUACCGAUGCCGAGUUUGUGGCCGUUCCUCGCAUUUUCUAUAUAAUAAACACAUUGAUGGCUAUUUUGCCGGUCAAAGCAUUUUAUAAGGCGUACGAAGUUUUGGGCGGAUAUCACUGGAUGAAGGACUUUGUCAGACGCGAACGCACUAACCAACAUUAG